AAAAACAUAAUAAAGAUGACAUUUGACGUUACAAAACAAUGUAAAUAUUUUUCUCUGUGAAAUAUUACAAAUACAAAGUAAUUUCAAUUAUUUAUCAUAGAUUUGUAUGUUUUGUCGGUGUUUAGACAUGUUUCGUGUUUAUAAGGAAUAUCGUGUGUACUUCAUAGAUUAUAAUACCGUCUAAUAUGGAAGUUCAGGAAGUGACUGUCUUGUUAACCAGGGAUAACAUAGAUUUAAACAAUUUUUAUAAAUCGUUUUCAACUCUUCACGCUGAAUCCAAUGGUGUAGAAGAACUAAUCAUUAAAGUAUGGGAGCUUAUAGGACAAGACGUGCUGUUGAAAGAUAUUGUAUAUUUAUCACUUUUGGCCAACAAGAAUUUUGACCUUUUAAAGAGGUCUAUUAGGUGGGAUAAAAAUACGUUUCAGUUGAAUAUUAAUGAUGCAAGUUCCUAUUUUGAUUAUACAGUUUUCUUUAAAAAUCAUUGGUUUAAUGAACUGAUUCACUGUGUUGAUUUAAAAGCCCUCGAAACAUUCCAAAUACAAACGUGUGAUAAGAUUAUUCUCUUACAAAUUAUUAAUGCAAUUAACAACACAUCAGGAGAAAUUGAUAUAAAUUGGUUAAUCAAUAGAAUUGGUGGAAUUAAUAUAGCCAAUAUUAGUGAUAUCUGGACUUAUUUCAUCAAUGAAAUUAAGUAUUUAUUGAAAGUUGUAGAAUUUUGCCAGUCUAGAAGUAGUACUAGUAAAAGUUUAGAAAAACUACAUUUUGCUGGGAGAUAUAGUCUACUUGAGAUAUUUUCUCAAUAUUUAAAUCUGCACAAUGACUGUAAUGAUUGUAAUUUCUUUUUAUCUGACACUAUUUCUUCAAAUUUGUCACACCAUGAGGAUUUUCAAGACCAGUUAAAGACUCUUACCUGUUACAGCAUCAUAUCCCAGUUUUUUAAACUUAUAAUUCCUUAUAAGAGCUUAGAAAAAGUCAAUGUUAAUGAUGAAAUUCUAAAUAUUCAAAAGGAACUAAUUAAUAUUGAGGACUUCUCUAUGCAAAUUGACUUGUUAGAAUUGGUUUUUGCCAUGAUCUUCAUGAAGAAAAGUCAUAUUAAACAUUCUGUCAACACUGAUGAGACACAUGAUUAUUCAUCUAUGUUUGUUUGCAAUCAACAAGAAGUUAGAUUAAUUCUCUUCACACUCAAAGAAGUGAUAGAUCACAUAUGGCUAAAGAAUUUAUAUCCACCAGGAUCGGAUGAAAUAAAAAGGUUGGAACAGUUGAGGAAAUAUGUUUUUGAUGCACUGUGGAGAUUAGAGAUUAUAGAGAAUCUGAAAAGUGGUUUAAAAUGCGAGAAAAACUUACUUUACUACAUGUUGGCUGAACCAGAAGCAUUGGUGAACAUAUGCCUAAAAUACGGACAUUUUGCAAGAGCAUCUGAAGUUCUUGAGAUCUUCAAUUUAACAGAGACACCUUUGGCGCAGAAAAUUUACUACGCAGGCCUUCUCGAAGAGUUAAAAAUCAACCUAAAGAGAACCGCCAAAAUCAAAUUAAUGCCUGACGUCGACAAACACAGUCCCAAAUUCAACUAUGAAGAAAUCGUCAAAAAGUUCCUUCAAAAACACCCCACCAUCCCAGACGAAGAUUCUGACAAAAUCAUCCAACAAAACCGAGAUAUUUAUCCAUUUUUGGAACACUACCGUUCUGAAAAAAGUGUCUUUUUAAACGUCUUGGACCUAGCGAUCACUCAGUCUUCAUUUUUUGAAGAUACAGCUUCGCUGUUCAACCUUGCCUCGAAAUAUAACAGCCUCAGUGAAACUGAAUCUCAUUUUUCGCGUUUUGGUAGAUCUUUGAAGCUAUUGUUUGAUGAAAUUGGUCCUUGCAAUAAAUAUUCAGCCUCGGAUAUUCUUUUAAAUAGUAGUAUAAGUUUAGAUGUAGAAAAACACAAGGAACAACUAGAGUUUUAUAUAGAAUUAGAGACGUUAUACACGAAAUUUUGCAAUGCUUUAACAAUAGACGAAGAUGGAGUGUUUAACAAAAACCAUCUUAGUCAUCAAAUUUUAUUACAUAUCAGCAAACUCUGUUGUCAAGAUCCUGGUUCAGUAAAAUACCUUCAGAAGCUUUUCAAUUAUUUGAAAGCCUUCUCUGAAGUUUUGUACAUUGAGUCCGAUACAUCAAACUUAAUUUCCAAUAACAAAAACACUUCUUUUUUUGAAUUACUCACAUACAAUCGCUCAGAGCUUAUGGGGAAGCUUUUAUUUGAAUUAAACUUAGACCCUAUAGAGUUUGAGAAGUAUUUCAAGAAGCUGAAGUUGGAUUUCCUGUAUCACGUUACAGGCAACUGUUUUCCAACCAUUAACCUCCACAUGGAGGAGGAUAUUGAUGAAGACGAAUUAUACCACGAGAAUUUUCUAUAUACGCCUAAUAAAGCUGUUAUAGCGUACAUUUUAAAAAGGAACAGACUUCUGGCUUUGAUUUUAAACGAAAUGUACCACGUAGAAGGCGUUGAAGUAGAUGUCAACGAGACUAGAAUACAGAAUCUACUGAACUAUCUCAGACUACCUAGGAUUGAGCACUUGAAGUGCAUGUAUAAUGACAGCGAGAUUCUUACUGUGCUACAGAAUGAUAUUCCUUACAAAAAAGUGAAAGAUUUCGUUGAUUCAGAGAUGGGAAGGCACGACUUCACCUCAUCGACUUUUACCAAUCAGAGUUUUGAAGCUGCUGAAGAGAUUUCGGAGGAAGGGGUGACGUCAGUAUGGAAAAGACUUGCUGAUAUGAUCGAUAGUAUCCCUGAACGUCAAAAUUAUAAAGAACAAAGAUUUUCGGAGUUAAGAGAUAUGUUGUUAGCGAAGUUAGUAACAGACGCUUUUGAGUGUGAGUACUACAAAAACGUACUGUAUAUAAAAGACAGAGAUAUUAGAAUCAAUUUGUUGUUGGAUAAUAUGAAAACUUGGCCUAUGGAUUUUUGCGUGAAGUGUAUUAAAGAUGAAAUAUCUCGAUUUGAUGUUAUCGAAGAUGAGAAGAUUGAGGAACUGAAGGCUUGGUUGAAGCAUAUAGAGCAUAGUAUGAUGGUGAUGGAGGUGUUGGGAAUCACGGCAUGGUCAGAUAUGUAUAAUAUGUGUGCGUUUGAACCGACCAGAGUUAUUACGAAGUUGCUUAUUGCACAAAAGAUCGAUUUACUCAUCGAAGUCAUCGAUCUCCACGAAGUCAGCAACACGAUGCUCCUUUGCGUCGACGCACAAUUCCUAGCACAAACCUUUGAAAUCGAAGACAACCUAAAUUCUGUCGAGUCGCUCUUAAAAAUUCUCCCACAACCUCACUGCAUCGCUGUCUGCAAAGAAUUCUUAAAUACUCUGAAAAACGUCGACCACUUGCAGUUUAUCGCGAACGUCUUGUCCACUAUCUCUGAAGAUAGACAUUUGAGCAACAUAUCUUUAAGUUUGAAAAUUCUUUCCGCCUUUCCACCAAAUGAACACGCUCAACACUUGUUGGCUUUGUUAAAUGAUCCUUUAAGCAUUAUAGAGGGUCUAGUAAUGAACACGAAGCUAGACAGGUUAGGUGCAGUUCUUAAACUGAUCACUGAUCUGAUCCCUGUUUGUGAUUCGGACGAUUGUAGUGUUUCUGUUGAGAGCAUCGACGAGUUAUUGAGGCAUUACGCUAGAAAAAGUCUAGAUUUUCGUGUUGUCACACAUUUAGUGACUAAACUUAAACCUUCUGAAGCUGGGAGUCUCAAAUCUUCAAGCUCUUUCGCAGGAGAUACUCCUCACAGAAGUUUUGUUAUGCCAGAAGAUGUACCUACCAAACAAGAAUGGGUUCAAAAUACGGAAGUAACCGAAUGCAUGUGCUGUUCUAAUGUCCUGUUUUCGAUGUUCAACAGAAGACAUCAUUGUAGACGUUGCGGUAGAGUCGUCUGUAGCGCUUGUUCAAAAAAACGAAUGAUCGUUCAUAACUACGGAGAUAUUCUGGUUAGAGUCUGUUUGGAUUGUUUCCACGAGACCUUUAAAGAUCAGUCUGUAAGCGAGGAUAACCGGUCUUCCUGGUCACUUAUUGAUGACUUCUGGAUACUGACAGAUGAUCCAGAACAUAACAGGAUAGUAAGAGAGGAGUUUUCUUAUGAAUUCGCUCCCAGCGUCUCCCUGUUCCUUUCCUUAAUGAAAUUUCACUCAAAAACCGAAGAAUACUCUAAAUUUUUACUAGAGCAAUGUGAGGUUUUGUUAAAGUUGCUCAUGCCAAGUAAUGAGCUCACUAGGGAGAUAGAUUACUUGCUGGUUAUAAGGAUGUUAAAGUCCUUAGCUGUAGCUGUGAAAAUGGCCUCUCUGGAUACUAGUCUACAGUAUGGAUCUUCUAUAGCAGAUACAAUAAUGAAUCAGGCUUCUUUAUUGGAAUUAUUAGCUGAAAGGGGUUGUUUGCAGCUUCUUCCAGUCAUUGGAGAAUCUCCUUUCGUAGAUGCCAUAUCGAUAAGACGACUGACUGAUAAAUUAUUGGAAACAGAACAGUGGAAUUUGGCUCUGGAAGUGUCCACAAAGGCUGGACUUGAUAAUUCUGGUGUUUUUGUAGCCUGGGGAAAAAGUUGCCUAAAGGCAGGCUGCCUGAUGUUAGCCAGGGAAAAAUUCAGCAAAUGUCUAGACAGAACCGCGUCCCACCACGAAAUGACAUACCUGGAGUUCCAAACUUCCACUCUGAAGGUAGCUAAAACCCCACCCUUGCUGAACGACAUCAUUAAGAUUCUAGAGUCCAAGAAAGAGUCCAUAGAUGAAACCGUCCUCAAGACGGUGGAUGGUUUGAAAUUUUCCGGAUCUACUACGACCCUAAACCAAAGUAGUACUUCGGCAUUUCAAUCUGAAGGUGCUUUGUUUAUUUUAAACAAAAUCAAUAACUUGAAAGACAUAGAAAAUGGGAGUUAUAACUCCACAAAAGAUAAAUUUGCUGGGUUUAGUAGUCCAAGACUCGAUCCAGUCAUCUAUGAAGAAUGCGUGUAUUAUUUGGCGAAAUAUGGCAACAGUGUCAGUUUGGUGGAGUUUCAUUUGAAGUAUAAACAAUACGAGAAGCUUCUGAGGUACAUGGUUGAGAAGAGGCUGAGUCAUGAAGUUUUUAUUCAUAUUUAUAUGAAGUGUUUGAAGGAGGGGACUGUUGAGUUGUUGCAGGCUUACAUGUCGCAGAUUGAUUCUUCUUUAAUGAUAUGGCAGAACUAUUUGAGGAAAAUAUGCUUCCACUUGGAAAAACAGAACCUACUGAAUUGUUUAUAUCAAUUGCAACAAUAUAUGGGCGAUUAUGUCAGAGCGGCCAUGACCUGUAUUCGCUUCUACGAACAAAACUCGUCUUCUUUUACCGAUUUAGUAGCUAAUAAGUUAUUUAUGGAAAAAUCCGUAGAACAUCUCAAGCAAGCUCUGGAACAAGAACAAUGGGUGGAUGUUUCACCAGUUGAGAUGACAGAAUCGAGAAUGUCGUUUGAGGAAAAAAGCAUCACAAAUCCUUUACUGAUUAAGAAAAUGAGCUACAGAGAUAUAGAGAAAAAUAUGCAAACUAUCCAUAUACAGUGUCAAGUGACGCAGUUUUUGGCUAAUAGGGAAUCUUCUGGAGUAUUCCCUAUGCAAAUUUACAGCAAUAUACUUCCCAAUCCUGAUAACUUGCCCAGAGAUAAAAUUAAGAUUCCUACACUUUUUGGUUCAGCAGAUGACAAGAAGUUUUUGGCGGUACUGUGUAUUAUUUGUGGAGAAACGGUACCCGAAGGAUUCAAAUUUGCUAUUACGAUUAUUAACGAAUUUAAACUAAAACCUAUCAAAGUGUUCAAUGAAGCAGGCAAGUAUUUAGCUCAGACCGAAAAAUUCGGAUCUAUAGCCGAACUGGUCGACAUUAUACGGAAAAAUAGCGACGCCGGAGACAAGACUGUGACGGAGAUGUGCGACGAGAUGCUGAUACACGCUGUUGCCACGUUGACCAAAGCUAGAGCACCCGAAGCUCAAGUCGAAAGUUUGAUUAGGUUUAUAUCGGACAAGGCUGUGAAAAUUUCAGCUUAUAUUGAAGCUAGACAACUGAAAACCGCCUAUUUUUUGGCAACUAAAUACAAAAGAAUUAUGGACAUAAGGAGAAUUUUGAAAGAAGCUGAGAUGUUAAACCAACCAAACAUAAGAAUUCUCUGUCAGAAAGCUUUACAAAAGUAUUCACAAACUUCCAAUACAGACAGUGAAGCAAAAUAAAGACUAUAGUCUGUCUAAUGGGAGGAUCCCUGACAGUUGUGUCUGUCAUUUUAAUUCACAGGCCAAUCGUAUUUUCAGUCAUUUUUUGGAUGUCGUCUGUCGAAAUCUUCCCAGUCAUCGGACAGACUAUAUACAUAUUAUACAUCCUAUACCAAACCAUAGUUACUAUAUUAUGAUUAAGAAUAAAUAUAAGUUGAUGAGCCCUAAAAAGUUUUAAACUGACAAUCAUACUCUAUUUAGUACCUAUCAAAGAAUUUUUUAAGAAUUAUAAUUUGGCUGAUAUUUCUAGGAUUUAAAUUAAUUAUAUUUAUUUAUCAUCAUACUGAUAUAUUUAAGGCUCGUGCAUGUGAAAUGAUUCCAAAAAUUAGAUAUUAUUUAAAAACCUUUAUAUUUAGUGAGUUAUUUUUUAAGACUAAUAUAAACACAAUAAGACAUAAUAUAUUGCAAUACUGUUUAUUUUGAUUAUUGUUAUUAAAAAGAGUAGUUAGCAUAUGUUAUGCUUUUGACAUAUUGUUAUAUUUUUACAUGUUGAUUAUUAUAUAUUUUUAUAAACUUCUACAUAAUCUAUAUUUUUUUAUUUGUAUAAAUAAAAUAUUAAAAUAAAUUAAUGUGAUUAUUGAUUUCUUUCCCUUAAACAACUUCAUAAAUAAAUAACAAUAUUUUUGAAUGAAAUAUCAGUUUUCUUAAGAUUAUGAGAAUUAUUCCCUCCACCAAUCCAGUAUGUCUUUUUUCAAUUUUGGGUAAAAAAA